CCAACCGUGACAUCCAUCUCGAAGGAUACCAGGACACUUACACACAAGUCCUAGCUUUGAAGGAGGGUCAAGUGAUUCUCGAUCGUUUGACGAUUAACUUCACGGGAGGGCCUUGCGAUGUUUGUGAAGCACACGCAACCUCGCGCUGUGCACGCUGUAAAUCUGUGUUCUACUGUGGGAGUGAUCAUCAGAAAGAGUCAUGGUCGAGCCAUAAGAAAGCCUGUAAGCCUGUUGCUGAUGGUACAACAGUGUAUAUUUCGGACGCGGAUAAGGAUGCUCUUCUCAAACUGGGAUGUAAGAGAGUUCCCCGAAGCAUGGUGGAGGCGGAACAGUUUGAACAUAGGAUAGUUAUUCGGCUUGGUAGAAUCCUCAAGAAACUAAUCAGCCACACAAGAAACGAAAAGAUGGUGCUUUAUCUCCAUCAACUUCACCUCGGUACCUUGACCCAACACGUAGGAGGCAUCAGCCGAGUGCAGGGAGUCCCCGGCAAAAUGGAAGAAAUCACAUGCCUAAAAGAAAUCCGUCGAACGAGGGGAAUACCAGAGUCUCAGAAAACCCUUGCGGAGGCGACCGGUUUUCAGAUCGUGGUGUUGAUCGUUCUUGUAGCCUUGCUGUACUACCUAAUCAAGUGAAACUUGAAUAUCGAAAUACAUGAGAUGACCAAGCCGGACGUUAUC